GGAGCAGACGCAGAGAGGAGGGGACCAGGAAAGAAGGAAGAAGAGGGUGGAGGGAAACAGGAGAUAAGGAAAUUGGGGGAGUCCGGAGGCAACCGAGAGAAGGGGCGGAGAGGAGGUCCACUAAGGGGAGGAGGAGAAGGAGGAAGGCAGGCAGGAAGGAAAGGAAGUCCCGGGGAGAGGAGGGACCUGGAGGAGUGGACGGAACAGGGAGUAGAGAGCCAGAGAGGAAGGGAGGCGUUUACCCUGGAAGGGAGGGAAGGAGGAGUGGGGAGAGGAGGUCCUUAGCUCUCUCUGGCAUCUUCCCUUCCUGCCUCCUAGCUCCCGAGCCAGAGAGGGAGAGGCAGAGGCAGAGGGCGGCCGGAGCGCGGCGGAGGCGUGGAGGGAAAGGGGCAGCCGGGCGGUGGGCAAGCAAAGCAAGGCCAAGGGUCCGUGGCCAUGGCCUCUAUGGCGGCGGCGAUUGCAGCCUCUCGCACUGCAGUCAUGAACGGGAACCGGCCGCUGGACGACAAGGAGCGGAAGCGCUUUACCUACUUCUCCUCGCUGAGCCCCAUGGCCAGGAAAAUCAUGCAAGACAAGGAGAAGAUCCGCGAGAAGUACGGGCCCGAGUGGGAGAGGUUGCCCCCCAAGCAGCAGGACGAGAUCAUCGACAAGUGCAUGGUGGAGCCCCACAUUCAGGCCCGCUACGCCGCGCACCGCGCUGCCGGGGCCUCCCGGGACCAGACCCCCUCCUGCUACCCCAACCUGCGGGUGCCCACGGGCCAGAAGGUCGUGCACUUCGGCGACGAGGAUAUAACUUGGCAGGAUGAACACUCUGCCCCUUUCUCCUGGGAAACGAGGAGUCAGAUGGAUUUCAGCAUUGCCUCUUUGUCCAUCCAAGAGCCAAGUAGCACAACCCAGAAUGAACCAAGGCAACUGUCCAAAGUCCCUCAGGGUGCCCAGGCCACCAAAUCCUCUCAGGGAAACAAAACAUCAAGCAUGGAUGGCCUAGGGUCCAUUUGGAAGGAGGAGGAAUCCUCUUUCUGGAAGAUAAAUGCAGAGCGCUCACGAGUGGAAGGACAAGAGUCGGAUUUCCAGUCACUGACCCCUAGCCAGAUUAAGUCCAUGGAGAAAGGGGAAAAGGUCCCCUCAGGCCAUUACCGGCAAGAAUCAGUCCCAAAGGACAGGGAGGUGGCCAAAGGGGAAAGACCCAGUGGUCCUUGGCAAGAGAAGUUUACGUUCUCCAGCCUGAGUGGUGAGAAGGAAAGGGCCUGGUCUGGCCAGUCUUCUGUCAGCUUGUUGGAUGAUGGCUUCCUCUCUGAGCCCCUGGUGAAGUUGUCCUCAUUGGGCUCCAAAAUGGAGGAUACAGAUGAUGCUUUAAUCUCAGAGUCCAAGCCCACACAGCUCAAUACAAGUAAUGUCAUCUUAAAGACGGGAUUUGAUUUUCUGGACAACUGGUAAAAUGAAACAAAACCAAGAACCCCAAAACUUUUUUUCCCUGAAGCAUUGUGCUGGAGAAGAAGGAUAAAGAAAGGGCAACUUUCCCCCAGUGUCUUUCAAUUUUCCUAGCUUUUGUGUACAUUUUUCUUAAUAAUUUGAAACUAUUCAAUAUUGCCUUGUCUAGAUGUUACCUUUGUUAUAAGAUCAGGCACAUUUUGCAUUUUUUUUUUUGGUGAUUGAUAAUGACAGUUUUUAAUUUAGAUUUUUUUUUGAAUCCUGCUACAAGCUGAUAAAUAUUGUAGGGAAAUCUUCUGUCUCAAGCUCUACCAAAUUCUCUUCUCCUCUCCUAUAUCACUCCCCUUCCCCCCGAAAAAAUACUUAUUUGUGAAUAUUUCAUGUAGAAAAACUACAAAAACAGACUGUCUACUACAACCUCUUUUUAUUUAAGAAAUCAACUCUUUUCUUUGUAAUGAUUUCCUUGGCUAAAAUGGCUCUGACGUCUCAGCAGCAAUCAUGUCAAGAUUUACCUCUCUUUAAAUAACUCGCCAGACACUGCCAACCUGUGCAGGUGGUCUAGUCCUCAAUCAACAAUUCCCCUGUUGGUACUGGCCUUGAUCCUCCUGUCAGUCCUAGAAACCAGUGCAUUGGUACAAGUCAAAGAACAUAAGGUUGUCAUCAUGCCGCCCUAAUACAGAUCAAUAUAGUGGAUGGCUUUUUUUUAAAUGCAUGCUUAAAGUUUUGUAUUAACCUUGUAUUAUUUCAUAUCUAUUUUAGCAGCUGUCUCAGAGCUACACUUUACUUGAGUUUUGUACCAGUUUCUUCUUUGAAGAGCUUUUUUUCCUUAUGUAUCCCUGGUGAUUCCUUAUCUAGGUGGGAAUGUGGAAUUGAUAUGAGUCAUUGUUAGGAUAAAGGGCUAUUCUGAUUGGUUGUCCUAGAACCCAAUGGGACACUGGUUGGUGAACCAAGUUUUUCUGUUCUAAAAGAUUCAAAGACUGCAUAUUCCAACAAAUAGCCUGCCUUGCUAUGUGUUCCUCCCAGAAUACACCAGGCAUUCCUCCCCACCAUCAGCAGAAAUGGAGGCGUAAUAUUACCACUAACCUAUCCAUCCUGGAGAACUUUGGGAUUCUGAUGUGAUAGCGAGGGACCUUCCUGGGCCUGAGACUGCCUUCACAGGACUUUCCUUGCUCACUGUACAACCACUAACUUUUUCUGGAGAACUCCAGUCCUGUUCAGUUAGCUUACCACAUUAGAUCUUGCUCCCAUGGAAGGGGAGAUACACAUAGAGCCUUCUCUAUAAACUGCAACUGUGUUGUGGCCUCUGGCAUCUCCUGUCCCCGUGCAGGUGCUGGGACAAAUUCUAAUGCAGCACGAUUUACACACUGCCUCUCACUGUGUCCUCCUCACCUGAAGCCUUAAUUUCCCUGAGCCUUUGCCAGUGAAUGCUUGGUUCCAGUAUCAGAGCGUGUGCCUGUUAGAAUUUGAGGGGGUGUGCAGGGGUGGGGUGGGAAGGGUGGGUCUUUUUUUGUUUAUAGAACUUCAUCAAAAGGUUCCCAGCAUUUUUUUUUUCCCUCUCUCCAAAGACACAUGGCAACUACUUUAUUUUUUAAAGGAAAGUCUUUGCCAAAGUAGCAUCCUGGCCAACUGUAGGGUUGGGCCCAGCCAUGGCUUCAAGUCUGUGAACCACACUUGGGCCCCUUGGGGCUUGGCAUUUUAAGCUCCUCACUGUGUCAGAGGGGAGGAAUACAGCUUGGCAAAUACUGAUUCCUUCUGUACUUAAGUAUAGUUGAUCUUUAAAAGGAAAAAAAAAUAAUUCUAGCUUUCUGAGUUACAGGGAAAAAAAAUCCUCAAAAUUCCUGAGCUAGGGUCUUGCUUUUUCAGCCAAGUGUGCUUGAUAGAGCAGCAGUAAAGAGAUGAUGUAAGCUUCCCUAUUGACCAUCUGGUCCCAUUUUCACUAUGGGAGCUCCGAAAAGCCUGGCUGACAACCUAGCCACGCCCAUCUCAGCAAGAAACGGGCUGGUUUAUAAUGGCCUAGAAAGUAAACUUUUUUUUUUUCUUAAAAGAGAUUGAUUUAAGUUUUCUUCGAAUUAAGCUUCUUGGGGGCAGAGAUCUGGGGGCCCUGAUAGACGAAUUUACUUUCUUUUGGGGAGGUAACUGCUAUUUUGUCCAAAUUGGCUAUUUCCCUAAGGGGGGAGGGGGCAACUCCUUAAAGCUCUGAUAUUUAGAUAUAUUAAACUGUCUUCAUCCUAUCUAGUGUUCGAUUUAGGGCUAGGUUUCCACUGACUUACAGCUUAGUAAAAAUUUCAUGCUUAAAAAAUUCUCAAUAGCACAACCUCUUGAGGUUAUUAUUUUUUUUUUAAUUAAAAGAAACCAGGGAGAGAUUACUUGACUUUUUUUUAUUGAUUGAGAGGUAGCAGUGUGUAGUGGAAUGGGCAUUUAGUUGGCCAUGAGCCAGCUAAGUUGUGUGUCUGUCAACAAAUUCUUUAACUUUCCAGGGCCUUAGUUUCCAUAUUUGUAAAAUGGGCUGAUAAUGCUGUUUCUUGCCCACCUCACAGGGUUGUUCUGGCAAAAACAAAAAACCCUAUACAUGAAAGUUCUUUAUAAGCAGCAAAAAAUACUAUAUACUUGCAAAAUGCAAUUAUUAAUUUUUUAUCUGCUUUGGACAAGUAUUGUAAAAGCAUAAUGGAAGACUUAAGGCUAUCUAGUGUUCCCUAGACAGAUCAAAUAUCAGGGAAUUGCAGGAGGCCUCAGGUCAUGUCCUUUAGUAAAAGUAUAAUAUAAAUCACUAAGAGAUUGUUUGGUUUUUUAAUCCUUGUGACUAAACUCCAGCACAUAGGGAAUGUCUUCAUACUUCUCCCAUGAUAGUCAAUGAUGCUCCACUCCCAAAGAGAAGAACAUUAAGACUUGGAUUUGCCAUGUGCUCUUCCCUAGAGUGGGAUAUCAAAACAGGCAUCUUUAUUUAAAACAAACUUUUCCACUGCAGAGUGCACAGCUAGAGUUCCUCCUUGUCUUCUUUCCCCUUAGAAUUCAACUCAAGGAUUUCGAGUAAUGCUUUGGGUGACAGCAUCUUUUUAAUUUCCCUCAAGCAGGAUGGAAAGCUGUGAUUAUUCUCAGAAUGGCAUGGUUUCCUCUGUCUUCUCUUCCCUCCCCCCCCAAGUGCCCCACUGGAGGUUCCCCCUUUGGAAUGCUGGGAGGCCUAGACACAUUGGGAGCAGCUGGUAGAGCAUGAGGCAGCCUUGUCAGUCACCCCAGGUGGCUUUCCAGCCUCCGUCCUGACAGCACAACCUAAGGCCUUGUCUGUGGUUUGAUGCUCUUCCCUUUGAUACACGUUUUCAAAAAGACAAAUUCUUACUGACAACUUGUACUUGGUCAUGUUUUGUAUUAAUAACCUUUAAUAAAGUUGUUUUAAAUAGAU